AUGAAAUUUUUUGUUUUGUGUGUGUUUUUUCUCUUGCUGGUGGAGGGGCAGAAAACUGACGAGGUUAUUUUAUCCCGUCGUAAAAGAUACGUCGCUUUUCCAGACGGCAGCAGUAUGAUUUUCGCUUUUUGUAACACGGCUGCAGUGAUAACGCCUUUUCAAAUAUUUACCGAAGGAGUAAAUUGGGGCAUAUCUUACGACCUUCCCAACGGAACGACUCUGCUGGAAACGAAGAAAUAUCUCAAGGGACGCAGGCAGAGGCGCGAACUCUACAACAGCAUCGAAACGGUUAUCGAUUCAAUGGGGUUCGAUGGUAAAGCGUGUAUUUUCAAAACGCUUUGUGAAGCCCCCAGAGUUUUGUCAAAGAGUGAUGCGUCGCUUGCAGAGAAUUUACUUCAUGUUUUAUUUAAGUAA